GAGGUGGUUGGUUUUAUUAGUGUGAGGGCAAGGUGAGUGGACGACACUCACUCACUUUCAUUCACUUUAGUCACUCACUCGUCCAGAGAGCGAGGAGAGGAAGGAAACGUCGUCCGGGCUGAGAUCAUAAUUAAUUUAGUCGAUUGAUUCAUCAUUACGGAACAUACAUAACUCGAUUGUGUGUGUGUGUCCACUUUCUGGGUCACCUUUCCUUCUGCACGUCACUUCCUCGGCCUCCUCCUCCUCCUCCUCGUCAUCUUGUCCUCAACACCUCUCUUGAUCGUUCCUCCUCGUCCGUCGGUCUGUGUGCACUGGGCGGAGGAAUUAAGAAGAUACUCCACCACCCGUAUUGGGAGCCAUUCAAGAUAAGCACACACUCAUCAUCAGCCAGCCACCACUUAAAAUUACACUUCAGAGUCAACCAUCAUCAUCAUUGAUCAUCAUUUACCAUUAGCAGAUCACCCAUCACCUGCUGCCCUUGAUUUGCUUUGGUUAUAUACACAUCAUCAUCUCCACGACAAUUAAGUACAUUCUCUACCUCUUCGUCACGUAGUGACACGUGUGGUGUGUGGAAAUCAUAAUUCUUCCAGUUUCGACAUUGUCACGACCAAUUGGAAAUUCAAAUCGAGAUCUAUUUCUCUCUAUUUCUAUCUCUCUUUUCUGGAGUUUGGCAGCUAUUCAAAAUGCUCAUCAAAGAAUUCCGCGUUGUGAUGCCUUUGACGGUCGAGGAGUACCAAAUUGGUCAGCUGUACUCUGUGGCCGAGGCCAGCAUGAAUGAAACGGGUGGGGGUGAAGGCAUCGAAGUAGUCAAAAAUGAACCCUUUGAGGGCGUUCCACUCCUCGGAGGAAAGUACUGUAAGGGGCAGUACACGUAUAAAAAGUAUCAUCUAGCUAGUAAAGUUCCGACUUUUAUACGAAUGCUGGCUCCUAAGGGCUCAAUGGAAAUUCAUGAGGAGGCUUGGAAUGCUUAUCCAUACUGCCGCACAGUCAUUACUAAUCCAGGCUAUAUGAAGGAUAACUUCAUAAUUGUGAUUGAAUCUUUACAUUUACCGGACAAAGGAAACCAAUAUAAUGUACAUGAACUAGGCAACGACAAGUUGAAGAUGCGGGAGGUGGUCAUGAUUGACAUUGCUGCAGACUCUGUUGCGCCUAGCGAUUACAAAGCUCUGGAAGAUCCUGGCAAAUUUCGUUCACAAAAGUCUGGACGAGGUCCACUGGUAGGAGAAUGGCAGGGAAUGGUGGAUCCCGUAAUGACGUGCUACAAGCUGGUCACUGUUGAAUUCAAGUGGUUUGGAUUGCAAAACAGAGUUGAGAAUUUCAUUCAAAGGGCUGAGCGAAGACUUUUUACAAACUUUCACAGACAAGUUUUUUGUUGGAUUGAUAAAUGGUAUGGCAUGACGAUGCUGGAUAUACGAGCGCUGGAGGAUAAAGUUCGUGAGGAGUUAGACAGGCAAAGAAGAACAGGCGAGGUUCGUGGCAUGAAAGCCGAGAGCGACUAAUUCAUCAGCCAAUGCAAGUUUCCAAGCAAUCUAAAUCACUAUUACUUAAACUACCAUUUAAUAUAAAGCUCGUCAACAGUGCGUGCAUCUGUUUGUUAAUUUUAUAAACCUGAUGCAUUCUUCUAAACUACGUCUGUUUAAUUUUGUACAAACAACGUGAUAUUCUGUUACUGGUCUUGAUUACUGUUACAAAUUAUUACCUUGUUUUAUACAGUUAUUUACACCCCCCUGAAAAUGAAUGUAAAUUUUUGCUACCAUCAUCACCUCCAUGUAAUACAUAUUCUGUAGUAGAAGAGUUCCAAUGUUUUUAUAGCCUCGCUCAUGAUAUAUGUAGUUCUUUAUAAAAUCCUCUUUUCCAUAAUUAUUAUGAUUAUUACAAAAAUAAUUUAAAAUCUCAAUCUGGGUUUUGUAGUCGUUGUACAUUCCAUUUCACAAAGUCAAGUUGUAUUUAUUAUUAUAAAUAAUUAUUGUUUCGUGUACUACCCACUCUUCCCAUUUCUAUAAUUUGAGUAAAAUCAAUGAAUGUAACAAUAAUAAUUUAUCGUCAUUAUUUUUUGAAACUAAUAUGAAAACAACGGAUUCAAUAAGGUUGCUUUAGAUAAUGUGGCUGUUAAUAAUGGAUUACUUAUAUAACAAUAUAUAUUACCAACAAAUUUGAUCGAUUGAUUCGAUUCGAUGUUUCUCUGGCCGGCCGGCAAAUUGUUCGUCAUCGUCGUCGACAUCAUCGCGGCGUCGUCGUCGAUAUAGAAAAAAGGAAUUUUAGGAAAGUUUAAAAAACGUGUAGUAGUAUAUAUAUAUCCGCAAAAAACGCAACAUCAUCAUCUGAAAACCAUAAAUACAAACAUACUGUGGACGUAGCUCUGGUUUAAAUGGAUUCUAUUCUAUCUAGCAAAUAAUUACUUUAGCCUAAACGAAGAAGGAGAGAUAUAUUACCUGUUUUAGCAUAAAAAAUAUUAUAAAAAGAAAAAAUAUUACGGAUUCUGAUUAUUGUAUAAAAAAGAAUCAAAUCAAAAAGGAAGUAUUAAUCUAGUCACCACAGCCCAAAAAACUAAAAAGAGAAAAGGAAAACCAAACCGACUAAUUUUUUCGUUAAAUUAACACAUUAAUCAAGAUUUAAAAGUUACUAACAAAAAAUGUAAAAAUUGUAUCUUGAGUUUACAACAUUUGGACUUGUCUCCUCUUAUUAAUUUUAGUCAGUCAUUUUUAAUAUUAUUGUAAUUAUUUCAAGUUUGCAUAUAUAAAAUGGCAACAUUUCGCCAUUGUUGAAAAACACCAAAUUAUGAUUACAUUACAGCGUCUCAACAAGUAAUAUUUACAUAAUUCAUAAAAAACAUAGUCUACGAACCUUAUAUAUUUUUCGUCUCUAAAAAAUACUGUCUAUAAAACGAUAGAGUUUUAUUAGUCGAUAGUCUCACGAGUCAUGACUGAUGACUGUAGAGAAGAUAACCCAAAUGAAAUGUCAUAAUGAUAAUAACGGUUCGUCGUAUAAUAAUUUUGUCGCCUCGCCAUUUGAGGAGAUGGCAGGAGGCACACUGAUAAGAAUAAUUAUAAAAAUGAAUACUUAUUUACCUUAUUAUUAAUUAGUUUAGUUAUAAAAUUGACUGAGUUUGAGAAGCUAAAAGCUUUGUCUGAAUUUUGAUUUAUUAUUAUUGUCAUUUUCAGCAGUAUCUUCUUACCUUAUGUGUUACAAACUACUGAAUAGUUCCAAUUUCAAUAAAUGGAAAAGAAAAAAGUUCAUAACCCA